AUGGCCCUACGCCCCUUGGACGCUAGGUUCCCUGCAAACAAAACUCAUUUUUGUUUUCAAGAAAAUAAGAGUUACAUUGCCAGGAUUGUGCAGACACAGUAUCCUCUCUCAGUUGACAAAGUGAAGACAGCGAUGCAGAAGGAGCCUAGCACACUAGUGCCCAUCCACUGGCUUGGCUUUGGCUAUGCAGCACUGGUUGCCUCUGGUGGGAUCAUUGGCUAUGCAAAAGCAGGUAGCGUCCCAUCGCUGGCUGCCGGGCUCUUCUUCGGGGGAUUAGCAGGCCUGGGUGCUUACCAGCUUUCUCAGGAUCCCAGGAACAUUUGGGUUUUCCUAGCUACAUCUGGGACCUUGGCUGGCAUCAUGGGAAUGAGAUUCUAUAACUCUGGAAAAUUUAUGCCUGCAGGCUUAAUUGCAGGUGCCAGUUUGCUGAUGGUUGCCAAACUUGGGAUUAGUGUGUUAAGUACCUCCCACAAAUCCUAG